UUCUCCUCCAAAACUAAGAAAAUGAAAUAUAUUCCUGAAUUAUGGUUACUAGCUAGGAUUGUGGCAGGCUCGAUGUUCAUUAGACAGAUUAAAUCCUGAUGAUUUGAGGUAUAGCAUGCAUAGUUGUUAUCUGUUCUGUUAACUCACUAGAUUUACCCUUUCUACCUCAACAGAAUUAUGCUAAAGACCUCACAAUGUACCUGUUGCAUCUGUUUGCUAGUGUCAAAAACCUUUUACGUGUUCCUCUCAUGCCAACUCUUUCCUACUUGACUGCUUCUUAGAUUCGUGACACCUCUCAGCCCAAAUCUUGUCUAGUUUAGUCAUAAAGGCCUCUGAGAGCUAGUACAUAAGAUGUCAAACCAAAUAACUUUAGAGUUGGUCAAAUUCUAAGUCAAGUGACCUUGGACCCAAGCAAGUAAAGAUUGCGUGCCUUUUAAUACCCGCAAUGAGUAGAGGAAGAUGGUUGGUCCCCGUCCCAUUCCUGACACUUCUAUUACAUUUUUAUACAUUAAACGUGAAUGCCUUUUUGUUUUCUGAGUGGUAUGGCCUGCUUGAUCGUAACUUUGUUUACUAUGCAGCCAUCAAGCAUGCAAGCACAUAUGCGGCUCUUCAAUUUGCACUUAUGCCUCGUGGCUAUGAUUCUUUUCCUCUUCCAUUCCUUCGGGAGAUCUUGAGAAUGGGAUUCAAACUGGAGAAGUCAUAAAUUCAGAUGUAUCUCUACAAAGACCUCCUAUACCCAUAGGUUCUGGGAGUAGCCAAAGUGGAAAAGACUUGUUGCAGUCUCAGGAUAGUAUGAAUGGCGGCUCUUCAUCUGGGGGCCUUCUUCAGGCUUUAAGCUUGAGGAAGAAGUUUGAAGAAUGUGAAAGUGAAAGAACCCCUCUCCUAAAUUUGGAGGAUAAGGCAGCCCUGGAACCUGUUUCGGAGCCUCUCACCCCUGCAUCAAACCCAUCCCCUUUUGUUUCCACACCUAUUUCAGCAAGUGCAUCAAAUACAGGAUCACUUCAAGCUCCGGAAUCAAGGCCUCUCUCUGAUGAGAGUUCAGAUAUAACAAGUGUCUUGGAGGACUUUCUAAAUGUUGCGCUGGUUACCGCAUUCUUCUUUUUCUUCUUUCUUGAGUUCCUACUGGUUGAUGACAUGAGAAAUGAAGCGUUUUUGGUUGCUUUCCCUUGCGCUUUUUUCUUGGGCCUUUUGUCUUCUAUAUUUGCAGUCAUAAUUGCGAUUGACUAUAUGUGGAGAUACGCGGCUCUUGAAUUUGCAGUUGUGGCUAUGGUUAUUUUCCUCUUCCAUUCCUUGCUUCAUCUGAAGCCACUUUGGGAAAUAGCAGUAUCUUCAAUUCUGGGUUUUUCGAUGUCAAUGAGCCUCAACAAGCUUUAUACUCGAUACUUCGGCUAGAGAUUUCAAGUUUCUGAAAACUGAGAGCCUGCAUAGAGCCCAUUUUGAAGAGAAAGAAAGAUUGCUAUUACUCAUGCGGGUUAUGUACUAAUGUUGGUGGUGAACAGCAGAACAAGGGUGGUUGUGUAUUUAUAAUUUUCCGUGUAAAUUCAAAUGAACAAAAAGAGGGUUCUGCCAAAUGCUUGUUUUCCUUUCUCUGUUGAUACAUUCAAUUUAUAUAUGCAACAGAACAGACACCAUGAGUUCAACAUAACUGGCCAUAAAAACCAGUGGUUAGAUUCUGCUCAUAAAACCAUUGGUCAAGUCUGCUCAUAAAGGCAAGGUUCCUUGUUUCCUGUUUCAUGAGGAUGGGGGGAAGGUUGUAUUUAUUCAUGGGCGGUUUUGAAAUAUGUUGGGGGCGGAUUUAUUAACUGUUGGAAGAGUUGCUUGGACAGCUUCUAUAUGGUGUUCUAGAUCAAUUU